GAUCAGCUGUUAAUUGACAAAUUAUAGCUUUACGAAACUGAUCCUCGUGUUGACAUCUGCGUUUUUCGAGUUCGAAUAGCAUUUCGAGGCUAGCUGCCAAAAGAUUGAGUCUGACGUCCCGGUAACCAAGGUUACUGAAGUAUUUAGGUCGAUGAUGAGCAGUCGAAAUCUGUUUCGUCUUAACUUCGCCAAGGUGAACUUGGCAGAAGCAACGCGCCUGGAGAUUUGUAAGGGAAUACGUCGCUCGUCUCUAGCAAUAUCUCUAGCCGGUUUUAACACAGCCUCCCUGUGUAUCUGCUUUAUUUAGUUGAUUGCUGAACGAGAUAAUGAGAGAGUGCAUCAGUGUCCAUGUUGGACAGGCUGGGGUCCAGAUUGGGAAUGCCUGCUGGGAACUGUACUGUCUAGAGCAUGGCAUCCAGCCCAAUGGUCAGAUGCCAAGUGAUUACACUCCUGGAGGAGGGGACGACUCCUUCAACACGUUCUUCAGUGAGACUGGAGCAGGAAAACAUGUUCCUAGAGCUGUCUUCGUUGACCUGGAGCCCACUGUUGUAGAUGAAGUGCGAGCUGGCCCUUACAGACAACUGUUUCAUCCUGAGCAGCUUAUCACAGGUAAAGAGGAUGCAGCCAAUAACUAUGCCCGGGGUCACUACACCAUAGGCAAAGAGAUUGUUGACCUAGUGCUGGACAGGAUCAGAAAAUUGUCUGAUCAGUGCACAGGUCUGCAGGGCUUUCUGAUCUUCCAUAGUUUUGGGGGAGGCACUGGCUCAGGGUUUGCAUCUCUCCUCAUGGAAAGGCUGUCUGUAGAUUAUGGGAAGAAAUCCAAACUAGAGUUUGCUAUUUACCCAGCGCCUCAGGUCUCUACAGCUGUAGUUGAGCCCUACAACUCCAUCCUGACCACCCAUACCACCCUGGAGCACUCAGACUGUGCCUUCAUGGUCGACAACGAAGCCAUCUAUGACAUCUGCCGCAGAAACCUGGAUAUUGAUCGUCCCUCGUACACCAACUUGAAUCGUCUGAUUGGUCAGAUCGUCAGCUCCAUCACAGCCUCUCUGCGAUUUGACGGUGCCUUGAAUGUUGAUCUGACAGAAUUCCAGACUAACCUUGUCCCGUAUCCUCGCAUCCACUUCCCCCUAGUCACCUAUGCUCCCGUGAUAUCAGCUGAGAAGGCGUACCAUGAGCAGCUCUCUGUGGCAGAGAUCACAAGCGCUUGUUUCGAGCCAUCCAAUCAGAUGGUGAAGUGUGACCCGCGCCAUGGUAAGUACAUGGCUUGCUGCAUGCUCUACAGAGGCGAUGUUGUUCCUAAAGAUGUCAAUGCUGCUAUUGCUACCAUCAAGACCAAGAGAACCAUCCAGUUCGUGGACUGGUGCCCCACUGGUUUCAAGGUUGGCAUCAACUACCAGCCCCCAACAGCUGUGCCCGGUGGUGACCUGGCCAAAGUCCAGCGUGCUGUCUGUAUGUUGAGCAACACGACAGCCAUUGCUGAGGCUUGGGCUCGUCUUGAUCACAAGUUUGACCUGAUGUACGCCAAACGUGCCUUCGUCCACUGGUACGUUGGAGAGGGUAUGGAGGAGGGAGAGUUCGCAGAAGCACGUGAAGAUCUGGCUGCUCUGGAGAAGGACUACGAGGAAGUAGGCGUGGACUCCGCUGAGGGGGAUGUAGAAGAGGAUGCUGAAGAGUACUAGAGCAAAAUGAAAAGCAGUGUAAAGAGAGCAUUUAGGAGGUUGUCAUAUAGAUAUGUCCGAAUAUUGUUAUAGCCCUGGUGAAUGGAAAGGGAACAUCUUGAUAUUGCACUGGUCUGUAAGUGGGUGUGUCAGUGUUCUUGUUUGUUUGUGGUCUAGCCAGUUUCCUUGGGCUUUAGUGUUACAUGGUGAAUAGACUUUACUGAUUGUAUCCAAAUGUUCAGUAUAACUAUUAAAAGGAAGCGGGAGAGGGAAGGGACUUAUGUAUGUUGUAAACACCUCGGUACAUGGAAUGGAGCCGCUGCUCCUUUCUUUUCGUUUAAGUGUACAUUGUGUGUUUCCUCUACCCAUAAAGUGGAGUGGGAAGGAGCAUAUGGCUUUUGUAAACAUAUAGUACAGAUUCUAGACAGCCGCGAGUUGUCUCUGAUGAAAGCUGACAGGUACUCAGAGCCUGUCAUGUUUUUAUAGUCAAAAUAGUUUUGCCACAGAGACAAUGUUCGGACUGCUUUUAUAAGACAGCCUCUGUGUAGUCUUUGCUCUCUCUAUGCAGCUUCAUUUUGUAAUACACCUGCAUAUUUCCCUAUUUACCCUGUAUGUCAUCAAACUGAUGACUGUCCCAGACAUAAUAGCCAGUUUUCAUCUGCUCAACCUGUUUAAAAGUAUACAGUUCUAUUUCCAAAGACACAAAAAGCAUUUUCGAUGUUAACCAUAAAGGUAAGGCAAGCUAGUUGGUGUUGAUCUGCUCGAUUGGAUCAUGAUAAUACAGGUGUUUGUAAAAUCUUGUGCCGUUACUGGCCUAUAACACCAAAUGUUUGACUGUUUGAGCAAGGCCAAGUUUCACAAUCACCUGUCGCAGUAUGCACACGUAACACUGUAGACAUAUUAAGGCUGCCAUGAUAGAUAAGUGCACUUUAGAUUUUUGAGUGCUGUGUAAAAUUAAACCCUGCUCACCAUGCUUUUGAAACACUUUCCAUGUGUAAUGUUGAUUUUGAAACGUGCUGGUAUCACUAGUGAUACCCUGCAUAAUUUUCAUAAUAAUGAGGUGAUUCAUGAGGUGACAUUUGGUUAUGACUACAGUCAAUGUAAGAAGUGGAAACCUUGGAGCAUUUUAAGGCCGUUUUCCAAUUAGAGCACAAACAGUUUUGCGUUGAAAUUUACAUCGUUUGGAGGAACCAGCGCUCCGACAGGUGUCACCAUUAUUAAAACAUGGCAUAAGUACAAGUACUGUUUAUCUUUUAAGGAGGUGUCCUUCCUAUCACACAGACAACACAGAAGUCUUUCAGAUAUUUAGACAGUUUACAUUUCUUUUUCCUAUUGUUGUGGAAACUCUUCCCAAUACAAAUCAUGCACACUGGUGUGUGUGUUUUUGUAUGAAAAUGACAUUUAGUACAUGUAUAUGUGCAACCCAGAACUAUGUUGAUACAAUCAAGAUUUUACUAUACAUGCAAGACUUUUAAUUUACAUGUACAUUUAAGUUCUUAAAGGACAAGACAGCACCUGACUAAAACAUCUUUCAAUUGAAAGCAGGAUUCUCAAGCUUUCUAAAAGGUAUCAUACUUUAUUAUUUUAAUGAGAUUUCACCGAGUAACAUGUAGAACAAAAUGUCAAUACUGCACAAAUGACCCGAACGGGGCCGUGCAUGUGCAGGCUACUUAAACUGUAAGUGAUAUAGCAGGUUUACUCUAUCAACAAUAUGAGAAAUAUCCUUGUAGUAUGUUCAGUUUCCGAGAAAGCUAUUUAUCACUUGGACCUUCAUCACGAAAGUCCACAACUUUUAUUUGCCAUAGGCUACUUCUACUUCUAUAAUACAGAAAACAACUUCAUGUUAGGGAGCUAAAGUAAACUUGAUGUUGAUAAUGGAGACGCGCUGAAGCUGUGUCAAGACGAAGUUUCACUAAACUUAUACAGACUUGAAAAAAAUCUAAAACAAUAUUUAAUGCCAGCUUAAGAUACUUUGAAUGGUCUUUCAGUGGACGUAAACAUUAGUCAGGUGCUGUCUUUUACUUUAACAGACAUUCAUAUUCUUUGUGCUAGAAUUGUUUACUAUUUACCAGUUUUACAGAAAUUUAAACAUUUUUAGACAUUAUAAUUUUCAUUUGUAAUUGUCUAUAAAAGCAUUGCAGUAUUUAUCAAACAUGCUUCAGAACUGGAUCUACCAGCAUUUGACAUCUGGAGGGCAAGACUAUUUAAGCUUUUUAGUAAGGCUGGUAUUGCAUUUUCAAGUGUUAUUAAACAGUAUCUGAACAAAUCCAACCUUUCCUGGUUUUGCAUCCCAGGCUGUACAUUGAAUGCUGGUAAAAUUUACUCAAAAAACAUGUCUGCUAUUACACAAAACUAAAGUCAGUAUUAAAAAAUAUUAAAUCAUUUAUUUACAUGUGAUAUUGAUGACAUAAGAGAUACUGCACUACAAGCUAUACAGUUCAAGCUAUGAUCAUUUCCAGGUGGUGUAGUAAAACCAGAAGUUUUGUAUUCGUAAAGCAUAUAAACAAGAUAUUGUAGAGUACAGCCACAACUUUGGCACUGAAGUACAUUUUUAAUGGAUAAAGACUAAUCCUUUUCCUAAAACUACAAAAAUGAUUUAUUACGUUCAGUUGAUGUACAUCUACAUACCUGCUAUACCCGUUUCAUGCGUUUAAAAAAUUGGAUUUUCUGUAAAA